AUCUGGUUUUGACUCUCCCUCGCCGGCGGCCGGCGCGGUGCUCCCGCAGCGGCGCAGCCCCCGUGUCCAACCCCAACAUCUACGCCCCGUUGAGUCACGUGCCGUGCCCGCACGAACACCUGCUCCCAUAUCCCUGGCCGCGCUCCGCGCUACCGCGGCGAUCGGGCGUCCACUGCCCAGUCGAGCACCUUCCCUCGCCGUACGAAUAUGGCCCCUGUUCCCGCUCCUAUCGCGCGCCUCCCCCUCCUCCCUCGCCGUGUCCACACCCCCCUCCCUCAUCCCCGACCGUCAGCACCGGCGGAGGCACGACACACCGCGCGCACGAGGGCGCCGCAGCGGAUCGGAGGAGUGGAUCCGGGGGGAAGGGAGACGGCGCGGGGUAGCGGCACAUCACUCCGGAGCACGGGGCGACUGGCGCGGCGGGCGCCAUGGCUAAAAAGGGCUCGGAUAAGGGGGGGUUCUUCACGGAGUACGGCGAGGCGACCCGAUACCAGGUUGGCGAAGUGGUCGGCAAAGGCAGCUACGGCGUCGUGGCGUCUGCCGUCGACACCCACACCGGCGAGAGCGUCGCCAUCAAAAAGAUCGACGACGUCUUCGAGCAUGUCGCCGACGCCACCCGCAUUCUCCGCGAGAUCAAGCUGCUCCGCCUUCUGCGCCAUCCAGACAUCGUCCAGAUCAAGCACAUCAUGCUCCCGCCGUCGCGCCGCGAGUUCCGUGACAUCUACAUAAUCUUCGAGCUCAUGGAGUCCGACCUCCACCAGGUCAUCAAGGCCAACGACGACCUCAGCCCAGAGCACCAUCAGUUCUUUUUCUACCAGCUGCUUCGUGGGAUGAAGUACAUACACGCUGCCAAUGUCUUCCACCGGGACCUCAAGCCCAAGAACAUUCUAGCCAAUGCCGAUUGCAAGCUCAAGAUUUGCGACUUCGGCCUUGCUCGGGUUUCCUUCAAUGACACCCCGUCCGCGAUAUUCUGGACGGAUUAUGUAGCAACAAGGUGGUAUCGUGCUCCAGAAUUAUGUGGCUCCUUCUUUUCAAAGUAUACUCCUGCGAUUGAUAUUUGGAGCAUAGGAUGUAUAUUUGCAGAAAUGCUUACAGGGAGGCCGCUCUUUCCUGGCAAAAAUGUGGUACAUCAAUUGGAUCUCAUGACUGAUCUACUCGGCACUCCUUCGGCAGAAUCUAUUUCUAGGAUUCGAAACGAAAAAGCUCGGCGAUAUUUGGGAAACAUGAAAAAAAAGCAUCCAAUACCUUUUUCUCAGAAGUUUCCCGGUGUGGACCCCAUGGCACUCCAUUUGCUUGAGCGUCUUCUUGCUUUUGAUCCCGCAGAUCGGCCAACAGCUGCAGAGGCCUUGGCAGACCCAUACUUUACUGGAUUGGCAAAUUCUGAACUCGAACCCACAACGCAACCCAUCUCGAGACUUGAGUUUGAGUUUGAGAGAAGGAAGCUGGGCAGAGAGGACGUACGUGAAUUAAUUUACAGGGAGAUUUUAGAGUACCAUCCUCAGAUGUUGCAUGAGUAUCUUCGUGGUGGAGAUCAGGCAAACUUUCUUUACCCAAGUGGGGUGGAUCGUUUCAAGAGGCAAUUUGUUCAUCUCGAAGAAAUCGGUGCUAAGGGUGAAAAGACUAGCCCGCAGCUGCGGCAGCAUGCUUCCUUACCAAGGGAAAGAGUUAUCGGCAGCAGUGAUGAGCCCGAAAAGCCAAAUGCAGAUUACUGUAUAAAAUUGCAUGUAGGUGAGGUACCAGGUUACACAUCGGUGACGGAUGGCCUUAACAAGCCACUGUUGAAUACUCGAAACUUCUUGAAGAGCGAAAGCAUCGGUGCCUCCAAGUGCAUCGUCGUCAAAGAAAAGCGAGAAAAAGAUGAGGAAUCUAUGUCUGAGUAUAUGCAUGAAGCAUCUGAUUAGGAAGCGAAAAGGAUUGUUCAACUCAAAAGUUUGUGAUGGUACGGGGAAAACAGAAGCACGUCCGAUCCAUGGGGGCUUCACUUCAGAAUCCCGAGCGCACGAAUCAGAUCGAUGAACCACACUGGUGCCGGUGCCUGUGCCGGUGCCGGAUAGUCAUCUCAUUGGUUAGCAGAGCCUAGGAUUUAUUUCAAUUUUUUGGGCACAACUUUGAUCGAUGCUCCCAUUCAUGUAACUAGUAGAGUUUAGAAUGUAACCAACAGAGUGUACAAUUGUCCUUUUCUAAAACAGAGUGUACAAUUGUAACCAACAUAUACUGGAGUACAUGGCUCGACUUCUUA